AUGUCGCAGGAAAUCCCUCAGCCGAUCACCGCCGCCCCGGCGCCGGCAUGUCCCGACCCCCAGGGCUGGAAACAGCACAAAGAUAACUGCUAUCAGGUUUAUUCGAUGCGUGACGGCUUCUUCAAGACCUGGGACCAAGCAAGGUUGUUUUGUAGGGCCAAUAGAGCAGAGCUCGCUUCUGUACUUAACGAUGAGGAGAACGCCUUCCUGAUGUCUCUAGUUUACACCGUGCCUGACACCAUGCUUUGGUUAGGCGGUACCGCUGGUCUCGGUGGUGGGUAUCGCUGGACUGAUGCGUCACCUUUUACAUACAUCAACUGGAGAGCUGGCGAGCCCAACGACUUGCAGUCCCAGGAAUCGUGUUUAGGAAUGUACCCGAAACUCGAGGCUCAUUGGAAUGACGACAACUGCGGUCGGCUGGCAGGGUGGGUGUGCAAGAAAUCCAUCCUUGAGAAUCCAUCCGUGUUUGUCACUUUUCCGACCACUUCGUCUGCACCCGUAGGAAAUUGCGAGACUGAUUGGCUGAAUACAGGCACGAAGUGCAUAAAGCUGUUUGAGGAGGCCAAGCCUUUCGACGAGGCCCGUGGCAUCUGCAAGCAAGAGGGCCCCAUGGCCGACCUGGUCAGCGUUGCCAGCGAAAAAGAACAAGCGUACGUGUCGACGUUGCUGGGUACGUUAGAGACGUCAGUUUGGUUGGGCAUGAAAUACGUCGACGUCUACCGCUGGCUCGACCAAACCCCCGUGACAUACACCAACUGGGCGCCGGGUGAACCGAACAACAAUCACAAUCCUCGCAACGGCCUACCAGAAGGCGUCUUAUUCCGUCUCAUCCACCCUGGCCCCGUUGGGCCUAACUCAAGGGGGGACAAUGGCGUCCUGAACCCCGUGUUCCCAUCCAGAAUUUUUUGGCACAAGCUUCACAACUCUUUACUGCCAAAUCCUGGCCGGGAGAAGCGUUCGGCAGAUUCGAACAGUGAAGACUGCGUGGAGAUGCACGAGAAAUUCUGGACCAACCAAUGGAACGACGCCGAGUGCCAUAUUAGCAAGCCAUUCGUAUGCCAGAAACCUCUUGAUUCAUCUCUAGAGGAGCCAAGCCCUCCUUUGCUUUGCAGUCCACCCUUCCAGAAUUAUAUCCAGUACUCGUCCGUGUGUUACAGAUACGAGGAGACAGCUCUGCCUUGGCAGGAGGCAGAGUUGCAGUGCAGGGAUGAAGGCGCUGUCCUGGCGUCCGUAGACUACAUGCCGGAGAACUCCUUCCUCUACUUAAUGGCCAACUCUGCCGGAGACUCAGGCGCCAGCAGCAUCUGGAUAGGAUUUCAGUACGAUAAUACGUCGGAGCGGUUCGAGUGGUCGGACGGGCGUCCCGCGUUGUUCACAAACUGGGCGCCCGGGGAGGGGGCGACGGGGGCGACGGGGGCGCUGCGGGAGGAAGCGUCGCGCUGCGUCGAGCUGUCGACUCAGCGCCCCGGGGCCUGGGCAGCCAAGUCUUGUGAUGAGGCAAAGCCUUUCAUCUGCAAAUAUGAAAAUGUCACCGCCCCCAUCCUUGACCCAGCUGUCACGGGCGGCUGUCUCUCCAAAGAUUGGGUCGACUUCGGUGGCAGCUUCUGCUACCUCGUCAAUGCAAAUGAUCAGUUUACAUGGGCCAAAGCAAACUCGCAAGGCCAGGAGGCUGAUGAGUGCCUCAUCAGAGGCCGAGAGGCUGAAUUCUUGUGGAGUGACGGGACAGCGUUCGACUUCAUGCACUGGGCGCCCGAAGAGCCCAACAGUCAGAGCGAGAAGUGCGUUGAAAUGUUCAGCGGCAAGGGCGAGUGGAACGACAUCAGCUGCGACGUACUGCGGGGCUAUAUCUGCAAGACGAAUAAGAAACCUCUUUCCGAGACGACCUCGUUGAUUGCAGCGGCUGAGACCUCGGAGCAUCUUUCCCAUCGUCAGGACGAUAUCCACCUGAGCAGCGGCUCGGUGGUGGCGCUGGUGGUGGUGAGUUUGGUGGUGACGGCGGCUCUAGGAUACGUGGUCUACACAUACGUUAACCAUCUACGUGUCUCAAGACCUACACACAGGCCUGCCGCCAUCACAAGUUUUGACAACGCUCUUUAUAAUCCCGAUGCGCUGGAAAAUUCUAUUCUUGAGAGCGCGGAAAACCUCGAUGGACGCUGCCACAGCGUCACGCUGUCACUGGGACGAUCGUAGUUAAGUCAUUGUGACUCAUCGUGACUCAUCGUGACUCAUCGUGACUCAUCGUGACUCAUCGUGACUCAGCGCAACUCACAUUCACGUGAUAAUAAAAGAAGAGUUCAUGUAGCCACUUGACCUAGAAUGUCUUCAACGCAAAAUUAAUUGUUGAUCCAACAUGUGAAAGUGUAAAUAUGACCGCAGAUAAAAACACACUCAACAUGCGUUCUUCCAGUCGUGCAUGGAACGUUUAACUUGAACAUAAGUCACACCGAGUAGCCCAGAGUAACUCCGUGGUGGUCUGGCAAGCCUUCGAUGAUGUCCUCCAUCAUAUUACAUGUCAUCUCCGCCUCAUUAGCCUCCGAUGUUGUCCCUUUCUUAACUGUCUCAUGCUGUCCCGCCCUUAUCAAACCUCCGAUGUUGUCUCCAUCUCACCACACCGCCGAUGUUGUCACCAUCUCACCAAACCUCUGGUUUGUCGCCAUCUCACCAAACCGCCGAUGUUGUCCCCAUCUCACCAAACCGCCGAUGUUGUCCCCAUCUCACCAAACCGCCGAUGUUGUCUCCGUCUCACCAAACGCUCCAGACGUUUAUUAUUUGCACAGAAAUCCCGCUUAUUAUUUGCACGGCCCAUGAGACAACAUUAAUGGAAGACGAAGUUUUGUGCAAACUGGAAUGCAUAUUCAUCAGUAUGCUGCAUAUAUAAAAUGCAUGCAUGUUCAAAUAAACAAUAAUAUAUAAUAUUAUUGGCAUGUAAUCGUUCAAGUAAA